AUGACCUUCUCCAGACUGGAGAUGGAAUCGCCGCCGCCUAGCAUCCACGGGGGGCAGGGGCAGCACGCAUCACCUUCCCCGAAGAAGCGCCGCACCAGCGCUAUCGAGGCAUUGCUCUCGCCAGCGCGACGCUCGGAGUUGUCCCCGGCUGCUGCUGUGGAGGAGGAAGAAGCAGCGAAACCUUCGUCGGAAACACAAUCCGAAGACGACGACGACGGCGGGGUGGGCGGCGAUGGUAGUGACGAUCCCCGGAAUAGAUUAGGGGGCGUUUUGCCCGGGGUGUUGGAGGUGCUUGCCGGAGAGGACGAGGGGCAGGAGGAACCGGAGCAGUCCGAAGGAGGGGAGGGGGGGGAGAGGGCGCGCCUAGACGAGGUGUCGCUAGCUGGAGGGGAGGGGGGACGAAGGAAGGGAAGAGAAGUGGGAGCCGGGAGGAGAGGGGGUGGGAGCCCGAGGCUGCGGGUCGAAGGAGAAAACGUCGAGCUGACGGUGGUGCAGCGGGACGCUUUGAUGCUGCUGAGCGAGCUGUGUGACUGGUCGUUGGUCGACGAGCGGACGCUGAGUGAGGAGCUGGGCGGAAGCGGCGGCGGCGGCGGCGGCGGCGGCGGCCAGGGCGAUGAUGAUGAGAGACCGGGCGAUGAGGUGGGAGCCGAGGCCCCUGGCGCACGAGACNUCGAGAGUGAUACUGGAAAGCAAGGCUUACAAAAUUUCUGCCCUCCACGGGUUUCACCUUACCACCACCGACCACGUGUUUUUUUUUGGGUGGGGGGUUCCGCAAACACUACGGCCGCGAACGCCGAACGCGCCAACCCAACCGCCAUCUUUUCGCGGGCCUACGUCUGCAAACACAAGACGGCGGCGCUAGAGCUGAUAGUGUCGGUCCUGCAGACUUAUGGAGGCCCUAGGUUCCGCGCUCUGCCCGCGGCGGCCACCCUCGUACGGGGCGAGCUGUGCGCGGCGCUGCUCCACCACUGCACCUCCAACGUCACCGGGGUGGUGUCCCUCAGCCUACGGGUGUUCGUUGCGCUGAUCAAGGGGUUCAAGGACCAUCUGAAGGCGGAGAUCGAGGUGUUCAUCACGUCCAUCUUUCUGCGCAUCCUGGAGAGCGAGCACUCGGCGUUCGAUCACAAGAUGCUUGUUUUGGAAGUCAUCUCCGGCCUUUGCCGGGACCCCCUCGCCCUGGUGGAAAUGUUCGUCAACUACGACUGCGACCUCCAGGCCAUCGACCUCUUCAAAAGGAUCGCCACAGCUUUAGUCAAGGUAGCCAAAGGCCGAGCAGGGUCCGAGGGUGCCAGUGCCAGCAAGAAGGACCUGGAGCAGGACAGAUCGCUGCAGCUCAUGGGGAUGGGGGGCGCGGUGGCCAUGGUGUCUUCUAUGGUGAAGGCGGCCGAUCUGGAGGAGUUGUACGGGGAUAUGGCCAUGGUUCCGAGGCGCGGGAGUGCGAGGUGA